CCUGCCAAAGCAGUAAAUAUCAGGCGAGCUAGCAGGCACAGGCUACCUGGCUACUCCCUGUUUGAGCAGAAUGGACAAUGUUUUACCAUCCGUUAUUUAACUUAGCCAGCUAACAGUCCGGCGUCUGUUGGGUCUGCGUGGUGCGUUUCGAUUAAGCGAUGAACCGAGAACAUCACUUUGUGUCAUAACUGAGGCUCGUCCACUUACAGAAAUCUGUGCUAGCUUGACAGGUUAGCUUAAGGCUAGCAAGCUGAGUUAGCGUCAAAGGAGGGCUUCGUUGCCAGUGACUAUGCAAGGGGAAACCACGGCUAUACGAAUAACGGAAAACGAAGGCAAGCUGGAUGUAUUUCCCCAGAACCGGACCCCGAGCUCGGGGCGAGCAAGUGCCAAAAGCUGGCAGUACAGUGACCACAUGGAGAAUAUUGACGGCUACUUGAUGAAGUACACCAACCUUGUAACAGGGUGGCAAUACAGGUUCUUUGUCUUAAACAAUGAGGCCGGCUUGCUGGAGUACUUUGUCAACGAGCAGUCGAGGCCCCAGAAGCCCCGUGGCAUGCUCCCCCUGGCAGGGGCGGUCAUCUCCCCCAGCGACGAGGACUCGCACACCUUCACUGUCAAUGCCAUCAGCGGGGAGCAGUACAAGCUCAGGGCCACCGAUGCGAAAGAGAGGCAACACUGGGUGAGCAGACUCCAGAUCUGCACACAGCACCACACAGAGGCCAUGGGGAAGAGUAAUCCCCCACCCAAGUCCCGGAGCUACUCCAUGGCGUCUCAAGGCAGCGGCAGCUCCCCCAUGUCCCUGCGCCGGCCCAGCCAAAACCCUGCCACCUUAUUCGGCUGGUCGCAGGUCCACAAGGGCUCAUCACUCUACUCCAGCAAGAGGUCCCUGCUGCCAGACCACCUGCUGGAUGCGAGAGAGAUGAUGAGCCAGGCCCAGGGCCAGCACAGAGACCUGAUCCAGAGCAUCGAGGGCCUGCCUGCAGCUCCUGGCCUCUCCCCUCUAGACCAGGACCUGCUAAUGCUCAAGGCCACUUCCAUGGCCACAAUGAACUGCCUCAACGAGUGCCUGCACAUCCUGCACCUGCAGCAGGUGGCCAGGCAGAGAGGCUCCCUGGGAGGACCCACCAUCGAGUGGCUGGAGCCCAAGCUGCCCGACAUCCUGAAGAAUGGCAGCAGUUCGCUGGGCAGCUUCGCGACAGGGGAGGGCCCGUUGGAGGGGAGCCACCUGGAGCUCAGCAGCCCUGAGUCCUGCAGCUUCUCUGGGGAACAGGAAGACAUCUGUGCAGAGGAUGAGGCGGAGGACUGUUUCACAGACAAGGAGGAAGACCUGGGUGCUGUGGAGGAGGAGCGCAGCGUCAUCCUACACCUGCUGUCCCAGCUGAAGCUGGGCAUGGACCUCACGCGGGUGGUCCUACCCACCUUCAUCCUGGAGAAGCGCUCUCUGCUGGAGAUGUACGCCGACUUCAUGUCACACCCGGACCUCUUUGUGACCAUUACCGACGGCAGCAGCCCCGAAGACCGCAUGGUCCGGUUUGUGGAGUACUACCUCACCUCCUUCCACGAGGGCCGCAAAGGUGCCAUCGCCAAGAAGCCCUACAACCCCAUCAUCGGCGAGACCUUCCACUGCUCCUGGAAGGUACCCAAGAGACCAGAGGCCUCCAAGGAGCCCUCACAGGGAACCCCCGACCAGGCCACCUCCCAGGACUCCUACCAAGUGCGCUUUGUGGCGGAGCAGGUGUCCCACCACCCCCCUGUGUCCGGCUUCUACGCCGAAUGCCAGGAGAGGCGGAUGUGCGUGAACACGCACGUGUGGACCAAGAGCAAGUUCAUGGGAAUGUCCAUCGGAGUAUCCAUGAUAGGCGAAGGUUGUCUAUAUUUGCUGGAGCAUGAUGAAGAGUACACUUUCACGCUGCCUUGUGCAUAUGCACGCUCCAUCCUCACUGUCCCCUGGGUGGAACUGGGCGGUAAAGUCAACAUCAGCUGCGCCAAGUCGGGCUACUCGGCAGUCAUCACUUUCCAGACUAAACCAUUUUACGGUGGCAAAUUACACAAGGUGACAGCGGAGGUGAAGCAAAACAGCACCAACGCGGUGGUGUGUCGGGUACAGGGCGAGUGGAACGGUGUUUUGGAGUUCAGCUACACCAGCGGAGAGACGAGGGUGGUCGACGUUACCAAGCUGCCCGUCACGAGGAAGUGCGUUCGUCCGACUGAGAAGCAGGGACCGACUGAAUCCAGGCGCCUGUGGCAGCACGUGACAGAGUCCUUACGGGAGAAGGAUAUCGAAAAAGCCACGGAGCACAAGAGGCUUCUCGAGGAGAGGCAGAGGACGGAGGAGAGGCACCGUGCUGAGACUGAAACCACUUGGAGGACCAGAUACUUUGAAAGAGAGGGUGAAGGUUGGGUCUAUCACAAACCACUUUGGAAAAACUCUGUCUUCAAAUCCUAGUUUGUGCAGUCUGUGUCUUGGAUGUUGAUAUUGUAGAUUCAGGAAUGUGUGGGUGUGUGCUUGUGCGUGCGUGCGUGUGCGUGUGUGUGUGUG